AUGAUGGAAAGAACGGAGAGCACACUCAACGAGCAGAAUGACACCGAUGUGAAUGAACUAGUUGGAACCAUUGAAGAGAACGUUUCGUUAAAUUUUGAUAGUAAUAAUGGUCUCUUGAAUCACCGAUGCAUCGUACCGGUUAGUAGGAUUACUCUACCCAAUGGAAAAACUCGAGACCACAUUGCACAACAGUUCACGCUUAAUAAAAACCAAAAUGGUGCAUUUAUGAUUAUUACAGGUCAUUUGGAUGGACUUGAUAUACUAAAUGAAGACGAGAAACGAGAACAACUAAUCAUGUGCGUACCUGGUUGUGGUGGUACAGGAAAAUCUCAGCUGAUUCGUGCUUCAACCGCUUAUUUCACACAGACAAAUCGUGCACACAAACUGCGAAAACUGGCCCCAACCUCAGUUGCUGCAGCAGAAAUCGAAGGUAUGACAAUUCAUUCCUUUCUGGGCGAUAGUCGAAAUCGAAAAAGUAAAUCAAAAGUCAUAAAUCGAUCGGGGCAAAUCACACACGAGAAUGCGUGGCGUUUUGUCGAGUACGUCAUUCUGGAUGAAAUGUCAAUGGUUGGACUUAGCUUGUUGGCUCGAUUAAACAAACUCGUUGCAAUAGCAAAGCACUGUGAUCCCAUGACUACGAUGGGUGGUAUAAACAUCAUCUUGUUCGGCGAUUACAUUCAAUACUCACCUGUAUUUGACAAACCUCUUUAUUAUGAUUUUUCUACGACGAUGUAUAACAAAAAGUUGCCUAUGGAAAAAGAAAUCCAACAAAAGAGUACACGAGCUCUGAUUCUCCAGACAUUGUUGAAUAGAGUUCGCGAUGGCAAAUGCACACAUGAAGACUGGCUUUUGCUUCGAACACGUGUCAUUAGUAUAGGACUUCACAUUUCUCUCAAUGAGCCACCGUGGAAUGAAGCUCCAAUUCUCGUUUAUCGAAAUGAAUUGCGCACAGAACUAAACAACCGAGCGGUAAUCAACAAGGCAUAUGAAACAGGCAGAUCACCAACCGUUGCGAUCGCUACAGAUACAAUAAAAGCCAAAAAACAUAUUGAUCUACCUGAUCUGACAAAACGACUUCUCGCGCUAUCUGAUAACAAAACAGAACAUUUACCUGGCUAUCUUCCUUUGGUACCUGGCAUGCCUGUAUUGCUGCAGGAGAAUAUUGCUUGCGAAAUUGGUUUGUCAAAUGGUACACUAGGAAUAUUUCAUGAGUUAAUUUAUGAUGAAACCAAAGAACAUACUACUGGCGCUGACGAAAGUAUUUUUACGGCCGACACUGUGUUUGUGCGCAAUGCUCAAUAUGCAUUGUUAGAAAUACGAAAAUCAAAGAUCAAAAACUUAGAGUCGCUUGAUCCUCUUAUUAUUCCUAUCCCUGUGAUCGAGAAAACGUUCGAAGUUAACCUUGAGAAACUAUAA